AUUUGAAAACAAAUCAAAGACCAUUUGAAUUUUUUUCAUUUAAAAUGAUAAAUAAAAAUAUAAUUGAAAAUCACUUCCGAUGUCUCUCAACCUCAUUUAAAGUUUGAGUGGUGGCUGAGACCACGAGAUCACCGUCGGAGUCACCGGACCACCACCAAAGUCGCCAGAUGACCGUCAGAGUCACCAGAAUCACACAAUCUUUUCCUCUCCACUUAUCCCGAUCUAGUCGUUCAGUACAUCUCUCCACAUUGCCCUUACUCUUCCUUCACCACCACCACCAAUUUCUGUUGAGCAGUAAAACCACCAGCACCGUUGACGAAAAACCCUAAGAAUCAAUGGAAUGACCAUAGGGAAAGGAAAAAACCUUAGAAUCUUCUCCAUCUACUCCAUCGCCUUUGUUACUGUUGCAUCUCUUUCAUCACGAAGACGCUGUCAUCAUCAUCGCAAGUUUAUUUUCUACUUUGUCAUGUUGUCUUCUCUCUUCAUCCUUUUAUAUCGAUUAAUGAUCUGUUGAUUGCAAUACUCUAUUUUGACUUUUUUUCAUUUUAUGGAGAUGAAAAUCUAAGCCCAAAUCGAGGUUUGGUGAAGAAACUUUAGUUGUUCACAAUGUGUUCGAUGAUAUGCUUGAACCAGUUGCUAUAUAUGAAUUUUACAGAUUCAGAAACUUUAGUUCAGCUGGAAGUCUAAUGACACUAGUUAACCGAUAUAUUUUCUUUCCAGGCCCUGUGCAAUUUACAUAUUCAGAAGCUGCUACUUCUGCAAAGGAUUCUCUUGAUGGAAGAACUAUUCCCAGGGACGAUACCUAUUGCAUCUUCAGCAAUAGAUGCUACUGGUCAGGUUGGAGUAGCAGAGUUGAAAAUUGUUAUGGAAAGAACUGGUGGGCUUGUUGUCUUAUCUGAAAGUUUUGCACAUUCGGUUUUCAAGGAUUCAUUUAGUCGUGUCUUUGAGAAGGGUGAAGAAUCUCUUGGUCUCUCUCAUAAGUGA